UGCACUGCACAUCCCAGAAUGCACUGCGGUGUCUCCCAGUCGUUCCCUGCAAUUUCUUAGGCACACCGAGUGAAAAGUUGACUCUAUUUACUGUUAUUUCUAGCCCAUGAACGCCCAGGAGCCGUCGACAGCCCACAAGUUCAGCUCCCGGAGAGUGUUGCCAAUAUUAAUAGCAAUCCAUAGUAUUAACAAUCCGUAUACCCGAGGAGGAAGACGCAUGAGUGACCCAGAGAGACGGUAGGAAGGUGAUGGCGCCCACCAAGAUGAAGCUGCGUGUGCGCCGGCGGGAGAGCGGAGCGGCGCCCGGGGAGCGGGAGGUGGAGGUGGGCGGAGGCCAGGGGGGCGGCGGCGGCCACAAGAAGCCCCCCUCCCCCCCCGCGCCGUCGGGGGACGAGGAGGCGUCGCCCGACUCCAAGUGUCCCAUCUGCCUGGACCGCUUCAACAACCUGGCCUACCUGGACCGCUGCCUGCACCGCUUCUGCUUCCCCUGCAUCCAGGAGUGGUCCCACAACAAGGCCGAGUGCCCCCUCUGCAAGCAGGCCUUCACCUCCAUCCUGCACUCGGUGCGCUCCCACGACGACUUCAAGGAGUACACCCUGAGGCCCCCGCCGCCCACCAACGCCAGCCUGGCCGCCACCGUCGCCAUGGUGACCGCCUUCGCCACGGCGGCGGCGGCUGCGGCGGCGGCGGGCGGCGGCGAGGAGGAGGAGCCGCCGCCGCAGAGGACCAGGCGGAGGAGGCGGGGCGACCCGGAGUCGGGCGGGGCCAGGAGGAGGGAGAGGGGAGCCGGGGGGCGGGGCGGGGGUAGCCGGGCCAGGGAGAGGCGGGCCGAGGCGGCGGCGGGCCUCCCCCUCCCGCCGGCGCCGCCCCCCCUCCCCUCGCCCUACUCCCCAGACUCCCCGCCGCCGCCGGGGGGGGAGGAGCCGGGGGACCGGGGGGUUCUGUUCGAGGGGCUGGCCGGGCUGGGCGGGGCGGUGGGGCCCGGCGCCCCCGGUGACCGCUCGGCCCGCCACCUGAUGAGCCGGCUGGCGGCGCGGCGGCGCGUGCAGCUGGAGGGCGGGGCCCCGCGCCGCCUGCGGGAGCGGGAGAUGCUGGCGUUCCGCCGGGCGCUCUACCGCAGCGGCGUGCGCGCCCUCCUGGGUAACCCGGGGCAACAGCAGCCGCCGCCGCCGCAGGACGUGUCGUCGGAGGGCUUCGUGCGGAGCCCCGGGCAGCUGGCCCGCCUGAGGCCCUGGCUGCGGCGGGAGCUGACGGUGCUGUACGGCGCCCACGGCUCCCUGGUGGACAUCGUGCAGCGCAUCAUCACGUCGCGCGUCACGCGCCACGGCCUGGAGCGCACGCACGGCCUGGAGGACGAGCUGCGGCCCUUCCUGCUGGCGCGCACCCAGCACUUCCUGCACGAGCUGGCCGCCUUCGCCCGCUCGGCGCUCAGCAUGGAACGCUACGACGCCCAGGCCGUGUACGAGCCCCUCGGGCCCGACGCCCGCGCCUCGCCAGCCCGCCGCCUCAGCAGCUCCGCCCACAGCUCCGUCAUCGCCAUCUCGGAGGGGGAGGAGGCGGCGGCGGACGGGACGGCCGGCCUCCUCAGCCUCGCCACGUGGGACGAGGACACCCCCGGGCCCUCCUACUCCACGGCCGAGCCCGCGGCCCCGCCCUCGCCGGCCCCCCCGGCGGCGGGCGGCGGCGGCGUGGAGGAGGAGUGUCUGAUCGUGGGCUACGUGAAGCCCAUGGCGGAGCGCACGCCGGAGCUGGUGCAGCUCUCCUCGGACACGGAGGAGGAGCCGCGGGACAAGCCCCCCAAGGAGGAGGCGCUCCCCUCCCUCCUCCUCCUCCCGGCCUCCACGCCCCCCUCCUCCUCCAGCACGGAGAGACCCGCACACCCGGCCCCCGCCUCCCCGCCGGGCUCCCCCCCGCCCGCGUGGUCCUGCAGCUCCGGCUCGCCCCGCCCGCCGGAGAGAGGCGGCCGGCCGCCCCCGCACUCCCCCAGCGGCUGGGAGGGGGGGAGGAGGCGGAGGAAGAAGAGGAGGAGGAGGAAGACGGCGAGCGGGGAGAGGGAGCGCCCCUCGCUCUACACCGCCGUAUACUCCGGCCUGGACUGCCCCCGCUCGCGCUCCUCCAGCAGCUCCCUCCCCCGCUCGGCCUCCAGCCCCGACGCCGCGGUCUGGGGGUGCCCCCACGCCCGCCGGCCCACGCCCCCCUCCUCAUCCUCCCCCCCCUGCCCCCCCCCCCAGCGCCACAGCGACAAGCCCGGGGGCAAGAGGAAGUACAAGAGCCGGCACCUGGACGAGGACGGGGACCCCACCUGGAGGCCCGGCUCUGGUCGCCGUGGAGACGAGGAGAGAGGAGGAGGAGGAGAAGAGAAGAGGGUGGAGAAAAGGGGGAGAGAGAGGGGGAGGCGGAGGGAGCGGGAAAGGAGGAGGGACGCACACAAGCACAACAGUGUCUGUGAGGACCAGAGCAGCAGCAGCAGCAGCAGCAGUGGGGGGGACGGUGGCCACCGCAGCCCCAGCGUGGAGAUCAUCUACGAGGGGAAGCUGGGCCCAUGCGCCCCCUCUGGGAACCAGCGGCGGAAGAAGAGACGCCCCCACAGGAAGCAUCUGCACAACAGCUCUCCCGUGGUCAUCACCAUCGACAGCCAAAGUAGUCCCGACGACGGCGGCCACGGCAACCGCCUCCCCGUGUUCUCGGAACUCGCCGUCCGUCAGCCAAUAGACUUCUCCGCCUGCGACCUCCCCGCCCUGCAGUCGGUGGAGCCGGGCAGAGUGGGCGUCGGCCUCGGAGCCGACGUCGGCGAGCUGCCGGUCAACAUCCUGGCCCGAGGAUCCGAUGGCUCGGACACGGAGGCCAACCACCAAUCAAAGGCCUCGGACGUGCUGGCGGUGGAUAUCAGCGACGACGAGGACGAGGACGACGAGCGGGAGGGAGAGAGGCGGGGGGAGAAGAGGAAGGCGGAAGACGAGGGAGGGGCCAGCGACGGAGACGAAAGCCGUCUCCUAGCAACCAUCCUGGACGAGAUCGCCCAGCUGAACCCCGGCGGGUGCGGCCAGAACUCCCGCAUACCCCUCCCCUGGCCCGGGACGAAGAGCAGAAGGAGGAAGAGGACCAUGGGGAAGGUAGAGGAGGGUAGUGGCCUCACAGCCCCCCCUCCGGCCCCCCUUGCAGAUCUUCCCCACACCUCUGAGACGCCUGCCCCAGAUCAGACGCGCCCACUGGAAUGGACACGCCCACUCUGUGAUCCCGGCCCCUUCCCAGAGACACGCCUCCUUGAUGGGAAACGCCCCCUCAAAUGGGACCACCCCCUCGAGGAGAUGUGCCAACCCGUUGAGACGGGCCUGCUGGAAUGGACCAAGCCCCGCCCACUCAGUGACCACAGACGCCUUGAAUGGACACACCAGCCCGCUUUGCCACGCCCACUCGACAGGCCACGCCCCCUUGAAUGGACUCCACUGCCACUGAAUGAGACGGCCCCCAAACAGGAAGCGGCCGCCGAUCAGACCGCCUCAUCGCUUCCAGUCGGUUCAUCGAACCCCCCCGCCCUGUCUUCCUCUGCUGAAGCCCCGCCCCCCGCUGUGACCUCGCCGGUCGUUAACGGCGUUGUCAACGCCUCAGCAGAUAAGCUCCGCCCAGACCGGGAGAGCUCCGCCUCCCCUUCGUUAAGCCCCGCCCCCUCUCAGAGCGGGACUUCCGACAGGGGUCCCGGGCAGGAGUGUUUAAAACUUCAGCAAACUGUGGGGCCGGCGUGCGUGUCUGGUGCCGCCAAACACACACACAUCACUGACUUCCAUAUGGAGUAGGCGUGUGUUGUGCGCUCACAAAUUAUAACCGACGGGUUUCAAACUGAACAAUGAGGAAUUUUAUAUGAAUUAUCACUUUUCAUUCCGUACGUGUGUGUGUGUGUGUGUGUGUGUGUGUGUGUGUGUGUGUGUGCGUGUGCGCGUGCGUGCGUGCGUGUGUGAGUGAAAGGGAAAUGCGGUCCACUAUUUAAUGAUGUUCUUUUUUUAACCAUUCUGGGUAGAGAUCAUCAUAGAGAUUGACAGCAGGUUCAGCCAAUCAUGAUGUAUUAAUCGAAAAGAUGAUGAUGAUGAUGAUGAUGAUGAUGAUAAAGAAGAAAUGAUUGCAGUCGAGCCGAGUUCUUCUGACCAAACUGUCGUGGGAUCUGUGCCGUAUCUUCUAGGAAGACUUCCUCCGUGUCCAGAGGCCGUAACAGCAUUUCAGUCACUCAGCUCCUUCAAAAUAAGAGCGUUGUGUCUGGUUGGGGGUCACCCACACUAACCACCGGUGUGUGUGUGUGUGUGUGUGUGUGUGUGUGUGUUGAAGAACAAAUAAUGAGCAGAAUAAAUGUUUUGGACGGAA